AUCACAUAACAUCUUUGACAGCAAAACCAAACAUAACCCCACCAAUGUCGAAUAGAUGAUUAGAUGAUAAUGAUAACUGGAUUUUAUAAUGUUUAGUCAUCUUUGAUCACUAAUUUGUUAUUUCUCUGUAAUUAGUUACCUUUAAAUAUGGCUGCUGGAGUUACAAUCACGUCAAAAUGCUUUCAAAGGUUGAGCCUGCUGGCAAAGCGAUGCUAUUCGGAGCAGGCCUUUCCGAAGAUAACGACUCAUUACACAAUUGUGCCCAGAGAUAGCGAUCCGAGAUGGAAAGAUGUGAACAUGGAACGAUACGUGGACGAGGCAGACAUCCUAGUGGUGGGGGGAGGACCAGCUGGCAUGGCGGCUGCCAUAAGACUCAGGCAGCUGGCAGAACAAAAUGGCAAGGAGCUCCGUGUUUGUCUUGUCGAGAAAGCGGCCGAAAUCGGUAUGCCGAUGGACAACCACGGCAAUUACGUGGUGCGUCUGGGUCACGUGGUGCGUUGGCUGGGGGAGCAGGCGGAGGCGGCGGGGGUGGAGAUGUAUCCGGGGUAUGCGGCCGCUGACCUGCUCUAUCACGAGGACGGCAGCAUUAAAGGGGUCGCCACCAACGAUGUCGGCAUUGCUAAGGAUGGAUCGCCCAAGGAUACAUUCGAACGAGGUAUGGAACUACACGCCAAAGUGACCAUCUUCGCGGAGGGUUGCCACGGUCACCUGAGCAAACAGCUGAUCAGCAAGUUCAACCUGCGUGAUGAGGCCGAGCCACAGUCGUACGGUCUUGGCCUCAAGGAGGUCUGGGAGAUCAAACCUGAACUGCACUCUCCUGGCAGGGUGGAGCAUACUAUUGGAUGGCCCCUCGACAAGCACACAUAUGGUGGCUCAUUCCUGUACCAUCUAAACGAGUCGACUCCUCUGAUAGCGGUCGGCUUCGUGGUAGGCCUGGACUACACCAAUCCCUAUCUCAGUCCCUUCAGGGAGUUCCAGCGCUUCAAGCACCAUCCCUCUGUCAAACAGACUCUCGAAGGCGGAAAAAGGAUAGCAUACGGCCGCGCCCUGAACGAAGGCGGGUUCCAGUCGAUUCCCCGCCUGACUUUCCCGGGCGGCUGCCUGGUGGGGUGUGGAGCCGGCUUCCUCAAUGUGCCCAAGAUCAAGGGAACUCACAACGCCAUGAAGUCCGGUAUGCUGGCUGCUGAGAGUGCUUUCGAGGCGGUCACUAGCGAAGCGCAGUCUCCUACCGUCGGUUUGGAGCCAGUGUCUUACACAGAUAAGAUAAAGAACAGCUGGAUUUGGAAGGAGUUGAAGGAGGUGAGAAACGUGAGGCCCUCCUUCCACAAUCCACUCGGCCUGUUCGGAGGUAUGGCCUACUCAGGCCUGUCUCUCAUUCUCAAGGGCAAGGAACCAUGGACUCUGAAACACGGAGCUCCUGACCACGCCAGACUGAAACCAGCCUCCGAGUGCAAGCCGAUCGACUACCCGAAACCCGACAACCAGAUCAGCUUCGACCUGUUGUCCUCGGUGGCCCUCACAGGCACCAACCACGAGGGAGACCAGCCACCCCAUCUCACACUCAAGGACGACACAGUCCCUGUCAAGCACAACCUGGCCGUCUACGAUGGACCUGAGGGCCGCUUUUGCCCCGCCGGAGUCUACGAGUUCGUACCUCUGGAGACAGGUGAAGGCCAGCGACUGCAGAUCAACGCACAAAACUGCAUACACUGCAAAACUUGUGACAUCAAGGACCCCAGCCAGAACAUCAACUGGGUUGUGCCCGAGGGUGGGGGUGGUCCCGCCUACAAUGGCAUGUAAGAUCAAGGUCAACAAACUAAGGUCAAGGUCAAGCAACUAAGGUCAAAGAUCAAGCAACUAAGCUCAAGGUCAAAGGGCACCUGAGGAUCUUAGGUACAAGGACAACACCUUAGAAGAACUCCAUUCUAAACCACCUUACAAAUUAUCUCUAGCCUUCCAUUGGUAAAUUGGUGCUGACAUUCUGUCAUCAAAAUUAUUGUCUGAACAAAACUAAAGUCUUUAAUAGACGCUCAAUACUGUUGUACAAUAUAGUACCUACGUUUAACAUCUGGCCGCAGAGUCUAUGACUUGUUUAUCAUAGUUGUGUCGCUCGAUGAUAUGAAAGCUCUAUAUUGUACAAUAAUCUUGAACGUCUAUUCAAAGCAUAUUAUUUUAAAAUAUAAUACCUACUUAUAACAUAAGGCCGCAGUGUCUAUAACUUGUUUACUACAGUUCUGUUGUGGAGUAAUGAUAUAAGUAUAUAUUAUAUUGGACAAUAAUAUUGAGCGUCAAUUUGAGGCUUAACGGCCGGUCUCUGGGACACUUGUUAAAUCUAAUGGACCAUGAAAUGUUUGGAUUUAAUAAGUGUCCUAGAAACUGGGCCUGAAAGUAGUUUUGAUACUGGCGAAACCCGAUUUUCGGGCGUUCUAUUGAGCGUCAAUUUGAGGCUUAACGUCCAUCUCUAGGACACUUGUUAAAUCUAAUGGACCAUGAAAUGUAUGGAUUUAAUAAGUGUCCUAGAAACUGGGCCUGAAAGUAGUUUUGAUACUGGCGAAACCCGAUUUUCCAAUACAGUUCAAAGGAUGAUUUUACCAGGACCUCCUGUAUACCUGUAUGUAGAAGGUCUUGAUUAUACUCUGGAUGGGGAGAAGAUAUAUUUCUUCUUCCUCCUAUCGAAUAUACCUCCUUUCAACUUCUUCAUAGUCAUCUUUUGGAGUUAUGUUUGAAAUAUUUUGAUACGGUACCAUCAUAAAACGAGUUUGUUGAUGGAUGAAUGUAUUUUUAUACUAUUCAAAUUAAUUUUUUUAAUAAAGGUAAUUGUACAACUUACAAGAGUAUGAAACAUUCUUUUUCCGAAAAACGCCCCCGUCCUCGAACAAUUAUUGAGCCCACCUAUAUUUCCCAUCUCUCAGUUGCCAUCUAUUGAAAAAUGGGUACCGUAGCUACAAAGUCAAAACCAUGUUUUUGUAUGUACGGUAUCCUAAGGUAUUUUCCACUACGGUAUUCGAAUGAAAUCUUUUAGGAUGACAAUGUUUUCUUCCAUACAACAUACAUUCAGCAAAUCGUGAAUUCAAGUUCUUAUUGUAUAAUAUAUAUUACAGGUUUGAAUAGUGUAUUCAUAUUCAUAGGUACUCUAUAUAUUAUAAUCGGUACGUGAAGUACUGGUUCACGAAAUUAUAUAUUCUGUAUACAUUUUUCUAUUCAUGGCUAGGCUUUCUCUGUUUAAUGUGUUACCUGUUAAUUAUAUGUUCAUUUAUAAUUCUCUCAUACAUUAAGCUCAAUAUUUUAUUUGUUCUUUUUCAUUUUAUUUAUGUAAUUUUUAAGUGGUAGCGGCUGUGGAUUGUAUUUAUCCUUCUAGAAGAGAUUAUUUUUAUAAAAUAGUAAUGCCACAGCUCUCUAUCAAAAUCACUGUGUCAUAUUCAUGGAAACUUUGUGUUUUGCUUUUUGUUUUUUAAUUUAUUAUAUUUCUGUUUUGCUUAUGAA